AACUAUUUAGGAACAAAUUGACAUUAAACGAUAUAAAAAAUAGGCUAUAUAUGUUAUGCAUAGGUUCUUUUUAUAAAGAUCAGCAUAAGCUGAACACAACACAAUUUUUUCUUAACUCAUUCUAAAAGCGACUCGCUACAAGACCCACGACUACUAAAGUGACGACUUAAAUACCAACCACAAGUAUAACCUUGUAUUCACUUCCCUAAAAAAAAUAAAAAUAAAAAUAAUAAUAAUAAUAAUAAUUUCAAAAAACAAGUAGCUUAACAAGCGUCCAGCAUGAUAAAAAUGAAAAGGACGAAAAUAAAGAAACAUGUGCUAAUAUUACAUUUUGGUGGUGUUGCUCACAUAGUCACACUACUCAACUACCACUUGUAGCACUGGUUACUCACUUUCCACCCUACGCUAAUCUUCUAUACGUCUCCCUCUCUCUCCCUCUCUCUCUCUCUCUCUCCUUCUUCAUUCUCUAUCAAUUUCCCCUAAUUACUGAGAAAGAGAGAGAUGCAGGGUUCAUCAAUGGCGGCGAAUUCCUCUAUUCCGACACCGAUUUACUCCGAUUUGCGUCUCAAUUUAAGGAGUUUUAAUCCUUUGUUCAUCAAUUUCCGAAUUUUGCCGCCAUUGAAGCUUUCUUCUACAAGGAUUUUCUCGAUUAAGAAUACUGUCAGUGAUCAGAAAUUGCAGGACCCUGUCACUGAUGAUCAAAUCACAGGUCCUGAGAAUUCUUUUGCUCCGGACCCUGAAUCAGUUGCUGCAAGCAUUAAAUACCAUGCAGAGUUCACUCCCUCCUUCUCUCCUGCACAAUUUGAGCUUCCCAAGGCAUUCUUUGCCACUGCAGAAAGUGUUCGUGACAUGCUUAUCAUCAACUGGAAUGUUACAUAUGAAUUGUAUCAGAAGACAAAUGCCAAGCAAGCAUAUUAUCUGUCAAUGGAAUUUCUCCAGGGCAGAGCUUUGCUAAAUGCAAUUGGCAACCUUGAGCUAUCAGGGGCUUAUGCAGAGGCUUUGAGAAAGCUUGGAUAUAACCUCGAAGCUGUAGCCGAGCAGGAGCCAGACCCAGCAUUAGGCAAUGGGGGACUAGGACGUCUUGCCUCCUGUUUUCUGGACUCUUUGGCUACACUAAAUUACCCUGCAUGGGGAUAUGGACUCAGAUACAAGUAUGGGUUGUUUAAGCAAACCAUUACAAAAGAUGGUCAGGAAGAAGUUGCUGAAAACUGGCUUGAGAUGGGUAACCCCUGGGAAAUUGUAAGAAAUGAUGUCUCCUACCCAGUGAAAUUCUAUGGCAAAGUCAUUACCAGGCCAGAUGGAACAAAAGAAUGGGCAGGGGGAGAAGACAUAAAAGCUGUUGCCUAUGAUGUUCCCAUUCCAGGUUAUAAAACCAAAACUACAAUCAAUCUUCGGUUAUGGUCAACCAAGGUUCCUUCAGAACUUUUUGAUCUACGUGCUUUUAAUGCUGGUGAACAUGCAAAAGCUUUCGAGGCAAUGACGAAUGCAGAGAAGAUAUGUUAUAUACUAUAUCCCGGUGAUGAAACACUUGAAGGAAAAACUCUCCGUCUGAAGCAGCAAUACACAUUGUGCUCUGCUUCCCUUCAAGAUAUUAUUGCACACUUUGAGAAGAGAUCAGGGCAUCCUGUAAAUUGGGAAGAAUUUCCUGAGAAGGUUGCCGUGCAGAUGAAUGACACACAUCCAACACUGUGCAUCCCGGAGCUCAUCAGAAUAUUGAUGGAUGUUAAGGGUUUGAGCUGGGAUGAAGCAUGGAGUAUAACACAAAAAACUGUUGCAUACACAAACCACACGGUUCUGCCAGAGGCAUUGGAGAAGUGGAGCUUGGAACUCAUUGAAACUCUGCUCCCUAGGCAUGUUGAAAUUAUAAAAUUAAUUGACGAGGAGCUUAUAAAUACCAUAAUAGCUGAAUAUGGAAUCAAAGAUCUUGGCUUGCUUCAAGAGAAGCUAAAACAGAUGAGAAUAAUAGACAACAUAGAAUUACCUGCAUCCGUGUUAGAAUUGCUUGUUAAACCACAAAAUGGCUCCGUUAUGACUCCAACUGUAGAAGAUGAAGCUCCUAACAAAAAUGAACCUUUGGAAGAGAAAGAAUCAUCCGAAGCACUUGAGAAGCCUGUAGAACUGAAGGAUGAAACUGAAGUAUUAUCUGUUGAACAGAAACAGCAGCCUGAUUUCAAACCAGACCCAAACCAGCCAAAGGCCAUUCGCAUGGCCAACCUCUGUGUGGUUGGUGGACAUGCAGUCAAUGGAGUUGCUGAGAUACAUAGUGAGAUUGUAAAAAAUGAUGUUUUUAAUGAUUUUUAUCAGUUGUGGCCUGAGAAAUUUCAGAAUAAAACUAAUGGUGUUACCCCUAGAAGGUGGAUACGCUUUUGUAACCCUGCGCUGAGUAAAAUUAUAACCAAGUGGACUGGAUCAGAUGACUGGAUUUUGAAAACUGAGAAGCUCGCAGUACUGAAGAGGUUUGCUGAUAACCUGGAACUUCAAUCUGAAUGGAGGGAAGCAAAAAGGAUCAACAAAAUGAAGGUUGCAGACUUUUUGAAGGAAAAAACCGGAUAUCUUGUGAACCCAGAUGCGAUGUUUGAUGUGCAGGUGAAACGUAUUCACGAGUACAAGCGUCAACUAUUAAACAUUUUGGGUAUUGUUUACCGUUAUAAGAAGAUGAAAGAAAUGACUCCCGAGGAAAGGGCUGUAAGAUAUGUGCCUCGAGUGUGCAUCUUUGGAGGCAAAGCAUUCUCCACAUACGUCCAAGCCAAGAGGAUUGUGAAAUUCAUCACAGAUGUAGCUGCCACUGUAAAUAAUGAUCCUGAGAUUGGUGACCUUUUGAAGGUUGUGUUUGUUCCCGAUUACAAUGUUAGUGUUGCCGAAGUGCUUAUUCCUGGAAGUGAGCUGUCCCAACAUAUAAGUACUGCUGGAAUGGAGGCCAGUGGAACCAGCAAUAUGAAGUUUGCAAUGAAUGGCUGUAUGUUGAUUGGCACUCUUGAUGGAGCUAAUGUCGAAAUAAGGGAAGAAGUGGGAGAGCACAAUUUUUUUCUUUUUGGCGUUGAAGCUCAUGAAGUUGCUGGCCUUAGGAAAGAAAGAGCUGAGGGGAAGUUCGUGCCUGAUCCACGAUUUGAAGAAGUAAAGGAAUUUGUAAGAAGUGGAGUAUUUGGUACAUACAACUACGAUGUGUUAAUGGGUUCACUUGAAGGAAAUGAAGGAUAUGGCCGUGCAGAUUAUUUCCUUGUUGGCAAGGACUUCCCCAGCUACAUAGAGUGCCAAGAGAAGGUUGAUGAGGCAUACCGUGAUCAAAAGAAAUGGACUAGAAUGUCAAUCUUGAACACGGCUGGUUCGUACAAGUUCAGCAGUGACAGAACGAUUCACCAGUAUGCCAGAGACAUAUGGGGGAUAGAACCUGCUAUCCUGCCAUAGACAAUAUCGGCAAUUGCAGUGAAGCACUUCAUCUGUAUUGGAACAUUUGUAGUUAGUGUAUAUCUUUAGAAGUCAUGCUCCAUCUUGUUCUUAUAUUUUGGUCGAAUGUCGCGUACUCACGUAGUUGUAAUGUACUCCGUAGUAUAUAUAGCUGUAAAACUAGGAGGCAAUAAUAAAUACUAUGUAUAAUUUAGGGGUGACUUCUUACUUUAAAGAUAGCUUUAUAGCAAAAUUCAAUAUGGAUUUAGGGAUUGGUGUUCGACAUGGGUAUGUAUCUAAGUGUAUGACUUGGCUUAAUUGUGAUUUUAUUUUAUUUAUUUAUUUAUUAUUUUUA